AUGAGGACGCUAUACAUUAUAUACACUGCGGAUAUACCUCACACAGACAUACUACUGUAUGCUGAUGACGCAGCACUGAUAACUAGGGGACUUACAGGUAUCCUACAGAAGGGGGUGACUGUUCAAGAAGCCAUAGAUAUAGUCUUUGGAGAAAAUGAUGACUUAGACAACCCUGUAGAGGCAAUUUAUAUUGCGCCACCGGAACCUGCUGUCCUAACUAAUGUAGAUUCUGGGGACGAGGACGAAGGAGGGGACCUAGACCAUUUGAGCCAACGUCAGUUACUUGCAGAAGCUGAAGUUAGAUUUGCUGGAGGAGUGACGUUAGAAGAUACUCAUCCCGAAUAUACAGACUCUAAUGGGGAUGGUUCUUCAUCAAAAAAGGAUUCAACUCAGCUGAUAUGGUAUACCCAAAGACUUCUGAUACUCGGGAGUGGAUUUCGGGAGACUUCACUUACAACAAACGGCCAUUUCCUGAAGCAGAUUACUCAGCAUUUGAAAACAAAUCAGUUGUAGAUAUAUUUGAAAUGUUUAUAGACGACGACGUAAUACUAUUCC